CUCACCGCACGAUAAAGAUGAACCCGGAUGGGUCUGUCUGCGAAGCGGUACCCGAACCACUGAACCCGAAAACAGAGAUCAACGCGAAGUCGACCGAGGCUUUCUCGGGUUUCUCUGUCUCUUCUUUGCGUUUAUAAAAUGGGUCUCUUCGCAGCCUGAAAAGAAUUCGAUUCUGCGAGACUGAAACUACUUAACUGUUUCAAUUAGGGUUUUUUUUUUUUUUUUCUUUUUUUCUUUUCGAAAUUUACUCUUUUUAAAUUUUUUUUAAUCUGUUUUUUGGUUAUUUGUGUGAACAUUUGGGGAAUUGUUGGGGGGGUUUAUCGUGUUAGGGCUUUCUCGGAAUGUUUACGCCACAGAGGAAGGCGUUGUCGCCGCUGUUGCAGACGCCGAGAAACGGCGUCGUUGCAACCGCUUCGAACUCUAGAACCGCAUUGAAGGGUAAAGCAGUGGUCUUUAUUGAUGGUCCUCCGCCACCAUUGGAUUCUCUGAGCCAGAGAGAAGCCAGAACGACGACGUCGUUGGAAUUGGACAGUGCGGAUAUGAACGACUGGAGGAGGUUUAAGGAGGCCGGGUUGUUGGACCGGGCUGAGAUGGAGAGGAAAGACCUCGAAGCUCUUGCUGAGAAAGCAUCCAAACUUCAAAAUGAGCUUCUUGAUUACCAAUAUAACAUGGGGCUUCUUUUAAUUGAGAAGAAAGAGUGGGCUUCAAAAUUUCAAGAACUGAGAGAUGCUUUAGCAGAAACUGAGGAGAUUUUUAAACGUGAAAAAUCAGCAAAUUUAAUUGCAUUAUCUGAAGUGGAGAAGCGAGAGGAGAAUUUGAGAAGAGCAUUGGGCGCAGAGAAGCAGUGUGUAGCUGAGCUUGAAAAAGCUCUGCGUGAAAUGCAAGUGGAGCGUGCCCAAAUCAAUCUUACAUCCAAGUCAAAGUUAGCCGAAGCAGAUGCAUUGAUUCUUGGAAAUGAAGGAAAAUCUUCAGAGAUCAAUGCGAAGCUUCAUGCUGCUGAAGCUAAGCUUGCCGAGGCGAACAGGAAGAGCUUAGAGUUGGAGAUAAGAUUGGGAGAGGUGGAGGCUCGUGAAAGUGUGCUGCAAAAGGAGCACCUCUCCCUAAAUACAGAGCGGGAAGCACAUAAGGAAAUAUUUUAUAAACAAAGAAAAGACUUGCAAGAGUGGGAGAAGAAACUACAGGAACGGGAAGAAAGACUGUCAAAGGAUCGGAAGAUUAUCCAUGAGAGAGAGGAGAAGGCAGAUGAAAAUGAGAGGAUUCUUAAGCAGAAAGAGAGGGAUCUAGAAGAGUCAUGGAAGAAGAUUGAUUUGUCCAAGUCAAAUUUGAAAGAGAAGGAAGAUGAGAUAAAUAAACGACUUGCAGACUUAGAAUCAAAAGAGAAGGAAGCUGAUUUGAUGAGAAAUUCUGCAGAGGUGAGACAGAAGGAAUUACAUAUAUUGGAAGAAAAGCUAAGUUCACGAGAAAAAGUUGAGAUUGACCAGCUGCUUGAUGAGCACAGGGCUCUUCACGACACAAAAAUGCAGGAGUAUGAGUUGGAUAUGGAAGAGAAGAACAAAGCACUUGAAAAGGAACUUAGUACCAAGAAAGAUGCAGUAAACAAGAAGGAAGCUGAAAUCAACCACAGGGAAGAAAAGUUGGGAAAGAGAGAACAAGCACUACAGGAGAAAUCUGAGAGACUGAAGGAUAAAAAAAAAGAAUUUGAUGAAAAGUUGAAAGCUGCAAAGGAGAGAGAAAAGGUCAUCAAAGUUGAAGAGAAAAAGUUGGAGGUGGAAAAGCAACUAGUGAUCGCUGAUAGAGAGAACUUGCAGAAUCUCAUGGAUGAAGUUGAGAGGAUAAAGGCUGAAAACGUUCAGCUGGAGCUGCAAAUUUCUGAAGAGAUGGAGAAACAGAGAAUAACUGAUAAAGAGAGGUCAGAACACGGCCAUUUGCAGCUAGAAUUGCAACAAGAAAUAGAAAAUUAUAGACUUAAAAAUGAAUCAGCUUUUAAGGAAGCUGAAGAUUUGAAACAGGACAAGGAGAAGUUUGAGAAAGAGUGGGAAGAGUUGGAUAUUAAAAGAUCUGAAAUUAACAGAGAGCACGAAGAAAUUGUUAAAGAAAAGGAAAAUUUUGAAAAACUACGACUCUUGGAGGAAGACAGAUUGAAAGAAGAGAAACGUGCUGUAGAUGAUUAUAUAAAGAGGGAGACGGAAAAUCUCAAACUGGAGAAAGAUUUAUUUGCAGCUAAAAUGAAUGAUGAGAAAUUAGCUUUAUCCGAAAAAGCCCAAUUUGAGCAUGGUCAAAUGGUUCGAGAUUUUGACUUGCAGAGAAGGGAUCUUGAGACUGAUAUGGAGAAUAGGAAGGAAGAGAUGGAGAAGAUCCUGCAUGAGAGGCAGAGAGCAUUUGAGGAUGAGAGAGAGAAAGAAAUUAAUAAUAUUAAUUACUUGAAGGAGGUUGUUCAGAAGGAAAGAGAAGAACUAAGAUCUGCAAGGAAUAAAAUUAUGAAGGAAAGAGAAGAAUUUGCAUUGAACAAGGAGCAAUUGAGACUAAACCAACUUGAAAUUGAGAAGGAUAUUCAGGAGCUUGGUGUUCUUAGCAAGAAGAUCAAGAAUCAGCGUGAGGGGCUUGUGAAGGAAAGAGCCAACUUCCUUGCUUUUGUUGAGAAGCUUAAGUGUUGCAAGGAGUGUGGAGAAAUGGCAGGAGAAUUUGUACUUUCUGAUUUUCAUGUACCUGAAGUGGAUGAUCGGAAGGAUGUUCCUCUGCUAAGUCUGCAUGAUGACCUUGUGGAGAAGUCUCCUGGUGAUUUAGUUGUUUCAGAGUCAGGAGGGCGCAUGUCUUGGCUACGUAAAUGCACAUCAAAGAUUUUAAAACUUUCUCCGGUUAAUAAGCUUGAGCAUGUUAUUGCUCCAGAACCUGUUGAGUUGUCACUACAGUCAGAUAUGCAGGUUGAUGUUGAACGAAAAGCAGCAGGGCUUAAAGGGGUUGGAAUAGAUGGAGCAAGAGGGCAUCUGGUGCCUGAAGAUGAACCGCAGACAUCUUUUGAGAUUGCUAAUGGCCCCUUUAGUGUUCAGCAGCUUCAUUCUAAUAACAUCAGCAGAGAGGUAGAUGAUGGGUAUUCUCCAUCAGUCGAUGAUCAUAGCUUCAUGGACAGUAAGGUGCAAGACAUUCCAGAAGAUUCUGUGCAAUCAGAGCUGAAGAGUGGUCGCCGCAAACCUAGUAGGAGACAAAAGUCUGGAUUGCACAGGACACACUCGGUGAAGACAGUGGUUGAAGAUGCAAAAGCUUUUCUGGGGGAUACCCCAGAGGGACAUGCAAUAUCGCUUCUUAAUGAUAGGAAUAAUGUGAACAAGGAAAGUCGGGGUGAUUCCAGUCGUGCUGAGAAAGGUUAUAAUAAAACUGCAAGGAAACGACAGCGUCAAGAGACAUCAAAGAUUACAGAAAGUGAAAGUGAAGGAUGUUCUGCUAGUGCAUCAGUGGGUGGGCGCAGGAAGAGGCAGCACAAAGUUGCUUCAGCUUUGCAAACACCUGGAGAGGAGCGAUACAACUUUAGACCACGGAGGAAUAUAGGUACGGACAGAGCACAUGAUGCAGCUGAUCUGAAAAAGAUGAGGAAGCGAAAAGCUAGAGCAGUUGGUGUAGUAGAUAGAGGAGCAAAUCCUGAAACUAUCUCUGUAUCGUCAUUGGAUGUAGCUAGCAAGAGCAGCCAAAAAACAAACCUUGUUGAGGUCGUUACAGCAAAAACUGUGGAAUUAUCAGAGGAUAGAGUUGUCAGGUUUAGAACACCGGCGGACAAUGAAGACAACGCAGAUGAGAAUAAAGAGAUGUAUGGGGAAAUACAUGCUACGCUAGAAUCUAAUGGUGAAGAUUGGGCUGGAAGCAUAAUACAUGAGAGCAAUGAUGAUGAUGAUGAUGAGGUGGAGCAUCCUGGUCAAGCCUCAAUAGGGAAGAAGAUCUGGACUUUUUUUACAACUUGAUGACAAAUAAUUCUCUCAUAUUUUCAACAUUUCAAACGUUUUGUAACUGGGAUAGGCUUUACCUUCAACCGGUGGGAUUUCUCAACGUUUCGUUUCCCCCUAUGUCCUGUAAUAUUGUGGGCGUAUUCUUCAGGGGAAUGAAUGGGUGGCAUGUUUCUUUGUUCAGAACUUUGUACUUGAUGUUAAUGGUCCUCUAGCUCCCCCAAAUUGAUUUUAGGCUAGUGGCAAGUGGAUGGUUCUAUUUGAUGUAGAUUUUGGCCAACCUUUUCUUCUUUGUUUUUUUUUUUUGUUUUUUUCUUUUUCUUUUAAUCCAAAGGAGUACUAGUCUUUGUUUGUUA